CCCUGACCUUCCUCACCGCAGCUUCGCUACGUGGCUAUUUCCAAUUCUAUCUUGGUGUUCUUGACGAGGACGCCGACCUUCCAAGCACAUUUAACCAACUUCCCUUGCACCCUCUUUCCAUCUUGCAUGAUCUCUCUCCAGCGCCUGCGACCGUCCCAUAUCUAGGGCUCGCCAACCAUUAGAAAGCUCAAUAAUCAACACUUGAGCCUCUAAAUGACUAGCCUGCAAAUAAUACGGCAGUAAGAACUUCGUUGGAAUCCUUCCACUCCCGGCCUCACUCACACCCUGGUCACUGUUCUGCUCCGUGGUUCUGGCCCCUCCCUUCGACGUCCUGCAAUCGCCUCUGCAACCUCAGCCAGCUGUUCCUGCCGUCUUAUGCUCGGCUUCCGCAACUAUUGUUCCUCUUGACAGUCCGAUCCUCCGGCCCAAAGCAGCCUCUCUUUUGACACAUCUCUCCUCGAUAUAAACCGUACCCUCCACUCGCUCCCCUCCCCUUCACCCCUCCUCCUCCUUGCCUGGCUGUCCAUUACUUCUAGCCAUGGUUCAUAUAUCGCUUCCACGGGGAAUGACCUCCCGAAAAAACAAGGAGAAGGAUAAGGACAAUGGUCAAAGUGCAAAUACUGAGAAGGAAAGAAGAACCAGCCCUCCCAGACUUGGAACUUCUCCUAGUUCUCUCACACUCUCCGAUCAGAAACCUCUUGUACUUAAGGUCUAUGUCAUCAAAGCUCGAAACCUGGCCGCCAAAGAUAGGUCUGGUACAUCUGAUCCUUACCUUGUCGUCACCCUGGGCAACUCCAAACAAUCCACCCCCUCCAUUCCCAAGACCUUGAACCCAGAAUGGAAGAUUUGCUUCGACAUUCCUCUUACAGGCCUUCCCUUACUAGAGUGCAUGUGCUGGGAUAAGGAUCGUUUCGGCAAGGACUAUAUGGGCGAGUUUGACAUUGCUAUCGAGGACAUUUUUGCAGAUUCAAGGGUUCAACAAGACCCAAAGUGGUACAAGUUAAAGUCACGGCGGAGGGAGGGCAAGAAGUCCAGCUCCGUCUCUGGUGAGGUUCUCAUUCAGUUCUCCCUCGUCGACUCGGCCAAUCCUUCGGCUAGCCCAGAGGAGAUUUGGAAGAGCUUUCAAGCAUAUCUUGGUGCCGAAGGCGAAGACGAUGAAUUAUCCCGUGUUACGUCUGUUACCGAAGCCAACCUUGUUGAGGACGAAAUGGACGAUGGCCUAGAUGACGAUAUCGACUCGGCCACCGAAACAGACACUCCUCGUGGUUCUGGUAUAGCCGAGAAGAAGGCGAAGAAGAAGCGGCUCGCCCGACUCCGUCGCAAAUCCAUCGCUGCCAGGGCAUACAACUUACUCGGGACCGAUAACGAUGUGUCUGGUGUCAUAUUUUUGGAAAUUGUCAAGAUCACCGACCUCCCCCCUGAGCGUAACAUGACUCGUACUUCGUUCGACAUGGAUCCCUUCGUUGUUACGGCCUUGGGUCGCAAGGUCUUGAGGACAAAGGUCAUUCGGCACAACCUAAACCCUGUUUACAAUGAAAAGAUGGUGUUCCAGGUCUUGCGACAUGAGACAGGAUACUCCUUGACCUUUACCGUCAUCGAUCGAGACAAGUUGUCAGGCAAUGAUUUCGUGGCCUCUGCUUCUUUCCCUGUUCAAAAAGUGAUCCAAGCUGCUCCGGAGCAGGAUCCGGCAACUGGCCUGUUCGAUUUGCCUGAACCACCAGAAUACUCACCGAUGGCCUCACACAAAGAGAACAGGUCAAGAUUUCGUUUGCCAUUGUCUCGCUCCUCCUCUGCCAACAGUCUGCAUAAGUUGAGUCGUCCCGGCAUGAGACGAGAUGAUUCCCAGGCUUCCCUGGCAAGCAGCAAUGGGCAAGAAAGCCUCCGCCCGCCACCUCCCACGAGUAACCCAUCAGACAACGGCAGCUUGAGAGUGCCCAACGCGCCUGAACCUCCUAUGCCACAGCCCACCGAGGACCCCGGCUUGAAUCCAUACACAAUUCCUUUGGAGCUGAAAAACAAAGAACGCUGGGAAGCCAAGCAUAGCCCUGAGCUGUUCAUCAAAGCUCGAUUUUUGUCCUAUCCCGCUCUGAGACAGCAAUUCUGGCGAGCAAUGCUCAAACAAUACGACGUGGAUGACAGCAAGCGAAUCAGUAAAAUAGAGUUCACCACCAUGUUGGACACAUUGGGCUCCACCUUGAAGGAGUCAACGAUUGAUUCCUUCUUUAAAAGAUUCGCCUCAGAGAACGAAGACGUCGGAGAGGUCGAUCUCACAUUUGAUCAAGCGGUCAUCUGUUUAGAAGAGCAGCUAGAGAAAAGCAGCAGCAAGAAGACCUUGUCUUCAAAAGUGAAGAUCAGCAUGGGCCCCUUUGCUCAGCCAACGUCGAUCAAGAACGAAGACAAUGCCGGGAAUGGUCCACCGCAGCCAGAGUCCAGCACUGAGGCUUCUACGAAUGAAAACCCAAAGCGCAGUGCCAUUCCGGCCAUCCAACAGGAUCCUCUUGGCAGUCCCGGCGAAGAAGGUAAAUUACUUAGCAACGACCUUUCGGAAGGAGAUGUUGAGGAACAUGUGAUUGAGAUCCGCGAAUGCCCAAUAUGUCACCAGCCCAAACUGAACAAGCGCACCGAGGCCGACAUUAUCACACAUAUUGCCACAUGCGCAAGCUCAGACUGGAGACAGGUCAACAAUCUGGUCAUGGGAGGAUUUGUGACUCAGAGUCAAGCUCAACGCAAAUGGUACUCCAAGGUCAUCACCAAGAUCAGCUACGGCGGGUACAAGCUUGGUGCUAAUAGCGCCAACAUCCUGGUACAAGAUCGCGUGACAGGGCAGAUCAACGAGGAGCGCAUGUCAGUGUAUGUUCGAAUCGGCAUCCGCCUGCUGUACAAGGCGGUGGGUGCUCGCGAGAUGGAAAAGAAGAGGAUCAAGAAGAUGCUCAAGUCGCUUUCGAUCAAACAAGGCAGGAAGUUUGAUGACCCUGCCUCGACGGCACAGAUUGAAGGCUUUAUUGCUUUCCACCGGCUCGACAUGUCGGAAGUACUGCUGUCCACUGAUCAGUUCAAGAAUUUCAAUGAGUUCUUCUACCGAGCACUGAAGCCGACAGCGCGGCCCUGCAGUGCACCGGAUCGGCCUGAGAUCAUUGUGUCUCCAGCGGACUGUCGCACGGUUGUCUUCAACACACUUGAUGAAGCCACCCGAAUCUGGGUCAAAGGCCGUGAUUACAGCAUGGAAAAGUUGUUUGGUGAUGCGUACCCCUUGGAGGCGAAGCGAUACAAAGGCGGCAGCAUGGGUAUCUUUCGACUGGCUCCUCAAGAUUAUCAUCGAUUUCACGUGCCUGUGGACGGGACUUUGGGCACACCAAAGUUGAUAGAGGGUGAGUAUUACACAGUCAACCCUAUGGCAAUCAGAUCAGCGCUCGAUGUGUACGGCGACAACGUGCGGGUGGUGAUCCCCAUCGACUCGGUCGCGCAUGGUCGAGUCAUGUUCGUUUGUAUCGGAGCCAUGAUGGUGGGCUCCACCGUGAUUACCCGAAAAGCUGGCGAACGAGUGAAGAGAGCAGAGGAGCUGGGGUAUUUCAAAUUUGGUGGCAGCACUGUCCUCCUGUUCUUUGAGCCUGGACGAAUGGUUUACGACGAAGACCUGGUUGACAAUAGCAGUGGGGCGUUGGAAACAUUGGUUCGUGUGGGCAUGUCGAUCGGACAUUCGCCCAAUGUCGAACCGCAUCGACCGGAUAUGAAGAAAGACGAGGCCAACAUCACCAACGAGGAAAGGCAAGAAGCCAAACGCCGAAUCGAAGGCAGCCUCGCAUCGGACCCUGACCCAGGCUCAACUCCUGAUGGUAAAGAUAGUCCGCCUAUCGCCUAGCGCUGCUCUUAUAUCAUGACAUGACGACGAGUGGCGAGAUGGUCUGGGAUAGAGACAACCACAACAGUGCAUAGACGCAAGUGACUCGGCGAAAGGAGUGAUGUAUAUACAUAGGUACAACAAGCCUCAGCUUAUUGCUUGGAUUACAGCAACCAUGUGCAGAAGCGCAAAUUCCAGCCAAAACAAAGACUGUUGAGUCAUCUCAAGUUGUCGUUUAGUGUCCUUUCUUUGAGCGAUGGCAUGCGAUUGGGAUUGAAUUAAAAUGGCGAGAUUGGUAUUGUUGCGGUGGCGUGACUUAAGGUAGUCCUGCCAAAGGAAGACAUCGUGGCGUCGUGGCAUCUCGGUAUUUUUACAACAAUUGAAUAUGGCGUCCAACAAUUGCAUCUCUCAGUUUUUGGCCCAAAAGAUACGAAAACGAGGCGAUAUACAAAU